AUUCCAGUGGGUAUGAUUGAAGCUUGUGUCAUUUGAGACACACUGCCGGGUCGUUUAGACCGUGUGGAUAUGAGAAAGGCUCAGAUAUAACCCCUUCAUCCCUGCCGUUGCGCCCUCGCUGCAGGAACCAACCUUACUCACGAGUCACAACCGCCCCUGCCCAGACCAAGGCCCAGCCCUGCAUGGACAUGACGGACGCCAAACCCACGAUCCAGCCCUUCACGGGAAGGAUCGGAGGCAACCAGACGCUGGUCGUGGACCGGAACGACCCCGACAAUGCAAACUUAUUGAAGCGGGUGCCGGACGCGGCCCCGUUGAUGACACUCCGCGAGGGCUUCAAUCUCCGUGGUCUCCUAGAAUUCGACCUGUGGAAGUUCGGGUUCAUCGAGUGUAUCGGAACUAUGCUCAACAUCUUCAUCACAGCCUGGGCCUCCAUCAAACACCCCACCAACCAAAUACCCACCCCGACCCCAAGCAGCGCAGCAGGAAUCUACAGCACAGCAAUCUUCCUCGGCCCCACAGUCGGCAGCCUAGUUAACUGGCUCACCCUAACCCUCUGCAUCUUCACCUUCUCCAACGUAACCGGCAGCCACCUCAACCCAACCAUCACGCUGGCCACCUUCUUCGCCCGGCUGAUCACCCUCCCGCGCGCGCUGAUCUACCUUGCCGCGCAGACCCUCGGCGGCGCCCUCGCCGGCCUCAUCCUGCGCGCCGCCUACGGCUCCCCGGCUUUCGCAGUCGGCGGCUGCAGCAUCGACACUCGCCUUGUCCCUGUCCAGGAAGCCUUUCUGCUAGAAUUUAUCUUCUGUCUGAUCCUCGUGUUCUUCUCAUUCGGUGUAGGCCUGGAUCCCCGCCAGGGACGGUUGUUCGGGGCAGCGCUGUCGCCGUUUCUGGUUGGUAUGGCGCUGGGGGUUGUUAGUUGGGCAUCGGCGUUUACGAGGGUGGGGUUUGGGGGUGCUGGGCUGAACCCGGCGCGCUGUUUUGCGGUCUAUGUUGCUACGGGGUUUCCGGGGUAUCAUUGGGUUCAUUGGGUUGCUGCGUUGGCUGCUUGUGUAGGGCAUGGGUUUGUUUAUUUCUGUGUGCCGCCUUGGAGCGCUGGGUUGGGAGGUGUAUGAUACCGGUUGGGCUUUGGGCUGGUGUGGGGAAUAGGAUUCAAUGAUGUUCGAGGUGGCGUGGUCAUCGACAAUUGUGUAUAUCUUGAGCUGAGUCUAUACCUUCAAUUUCUCAAGCAACCACAUGUAUCACUCCUUAUGAUCACUACCUCCUCACUCCAACCACACCCAAUUUCCCCAACCUCACAUACGCCUCUUCAUACGGCAACCCUACCCCCCCAAAACCUCCCAAUCUCCCUCAAAUCCCCCAGCAAGGCCGGCGGAUUAUCCAACCCAGGAAAGUGACCCCCUUCCUCAUGAUCUACCCACACACCACACGUCAGCAACCGAUACCCCCUGCGCCGACCAAUCAAAGA